CCCUUGUUCUCCCUCUUUCUCUCUUGUCCGUCUCUCUCUGUCCAUCAUCACCAGGCACCCGGACCAGACUGAGGACAAACACCUCCAGGUUUUUCAGAACUGAGAAAUCGACAUGAGAAACAUCAGAGAUCAGAGAUGCCUGGUGAAAAAGCAGGGAAUGCUCAAGGAGCUGAUUUUCCUGCUGGGAAUGAUCGGGAUGAGUUACGGUGCCAUUCAGAGACCUGAUUAUGAUGAUACACCCAACCCAGCAUUCCUAAACCCAUCCUGGAUGGCCAGUAUCUCUGAUGAUCAGCUGCUGUCUGAGGUCACCAUGCCUGGGACCCACAACGCCAUGGCCCUGUAUGGCGGCGUGUACGCUGAGUGUCAGACCUGGAGCCUGGCCCUGCAGCUCCAGGCAGGUGUCCGCUUUCUGGACGUCCGUGUACGUCAUGUGAACGGGAACCUCACCAUCCAUCAUGGGGUGUCAUACCAGCGGGCACACUUUGGCCAAGUGCUGAAGGGUGUUGCUGACUUCCUGCGAGAGUAUCCCAGUGAGACUGUGCUGAUGCGUGUGAAGGAGGAGUUCAGUGAGACGAAUAACAUCUAUGGCGCCGUGGUUGAUUUCAUCCACCGCUACACUCACUGGGACCUGCUGUGGCACAGCCGGCUUGUACCAACCAUGAAAGAGGCCAGAGGGAAACUCAUUAUCCUGCAGAACUUUUCUGGGCCAGAUUUGGGGAUGCGCUAUGGAUCCCUGGACAUUGCAGAUGACUGGAAGGUUUCUACACUUGGGCACUUGGAGGAGAAGUGGCGGAGUGUCUAUGAACAUCUGGAGGCUGCGCCUGGAGGGAACAUGGCUCAGAUCUUUCUCACCUACAGCAGUGGAGCUGGUGUGUUUGCACACCCCAGAGCCGUCGCUCAGCCCAUCAACGCACAACUGUACGACUACCUGAGGGCCAAGACAGACCUGAACCAGCGCCUUGGGAUCAUAUGCAUGGACUUUCCUGCUGCUCCCAUUAUUCAAAUGAUCAUAGACUUCCAGCUGAGAGAUAGGGAUAGACCUUUAAUCCAGUUCUGAACAGGGGAAGUUUGAAAAAUACAGUUUCUUCACUGAGAAAGAAGAUCAACAAUAAUGUCUGAGUAACCGUACUAGUCCGCUAUAACUCUUGUGAUUUAAAUUCAAAUAACAUUUGUUAUAGUUUUAUCAACCAAAGAUACUGGAGAAAAAAUGAAUGUCAAAGCAAAAUAGACGUGGCAACGUGAUGAAUCUGUGCAGUAAUAAACUGCUGUGAAAACCAA